AUACAACUUGAAGCACACACUUGGCUACAAGUUGUAAGUUUCUACGGUUCGAGUUCUAAGAAAAGUAAGAAAUUAUAAAUUAUGAAGACCUUCAUCGUGAUCGCGCUUCUGUCAGCACUCGCAGCCUGCUGUAGUGCCGCUGUCCUCCCAAACGAGGAAGAUAUGUCCGGAGGUGUUACCAUAGUAUAUGAUGACGAGUCACCCAAUGGAAGGGUCAUGUCCAGGAAUGACUUUGGCUCUAUACUAGACAACUAUUGGGUUCUAUUAUCUGAGGCGGUCAUUAACGUGCCAGCGGUUCCAGGCAAGGUACAAAAAGCCGGCAUGACGUAUCAGGCCCCACCCGGAGUGAAGAUAAGCAGGAUUUCAAUAACCUUAUACACCAAUCUUCCUGAUGAUGUGUACAAAAGUCCAGUGGGAGGUGAAUACAUUGAAGCACUUAUCACAUCACGUCCAGGUGACGUCAUUAAUGGCACUAUUGCCGCCUACAGAAGAUAUAAUGAAUGAACAUAAUGACAACAUG